AUGGCAGCCGAUCCUCACACCAUCCCCGAUCCGGGCCUCGACGGCGCCAUUCGCCAACUUCUCGACCAGCAGGCCGAUAUUCAAGCCAGGCUUGCCGCUUUGCUGCCCGCAAAGUAUGGUCCUAAUGUCAAGCUGGAGCUCGAUAUGCUCCGCCACAAAUUGCGAGUUUUGCAGGCCUACUCCGAAACUCAUCGCCUUUCAUCCACUACCCCCAUAAUAUCUGAGCUCGAGGAGGCUAGAUCGUUGCAACAUCGGUGCGAGUGCAUCGAGGUUGCUUUUCUGGAACAAGGCCACGAUCUGUCAGACCCCAGCAUGGUAGACGCCCUUAAGCGAUUACUUUACGACGAAGCGCCGUCAGGAUACGCAGCCUGGUUGGAUCGUAAUCUUGCUAGUUAUGAUCCAGUUGUCCGUGGGUGGAAAAUAAGAGAAAGUUUGUCGCCGUCAUCUCGACCCCCUUCAUCCUUCAAAUGCUGGGACGAGCGUUGUAUACACUUCAUUUACGGCUUUUACAAUAAGGAUGACCGAGACAGCCACGCCCGGGAGCAUAAUGUCCACGCCCAUCGUGAUUCGGGUAUGUCCGUUGGCAACACUCCGCCUCUCCCCUUUCUUGAGCAUACGAUACCUCGGCCAUGGGGUUCCGAUGCUGCAAAGCAGCCUCUGGCGCUUCAACUUCCGAAAAUACCCUCUGGCACCCAGCUCCCUCCGUUGGCAGCAAGCCAGCCCAGGGACCGUCGGGACACUUCGCAGUCCUAUUCAAUGGCCAGCGAGCAUUCCGGCCCUGGGCGAGGCUCUGUUGAUUCCGAGGUCGACCCUUUGCUCCCCCCUCUCAAGCGUAGUAGGGUUGGCCAGUCUCGACUACAGUCCAUUGGCGAGCUCAGGUUGCUCCAAGACUCCGGACCUUGUUUGCGCUGCCUGGCAAAAAAGCAACCAUGCGACUCCAAUGAUCCUUGUCACUAUUGCAUAGACUACACUCUAAGCCCUGGCAAUGGCUUUUGGAAAGCAAUUGGGUGCCAUCGUGGCCCUCUGGAUGCCUUUUCAGACAUCAUGCUUCCAGCGCCAAUAUCCCCGAGACAAACCCAUACCCCGAUCACAUCACCACUCACUCGGCGGAGAAGUAUGAAUGACCAUCUGGAAAACUAUUAUCGAAUUUCUCCAGACAUACUACAUGCUGUCAAGUCGAACCUCGACUUUGAUGACGGCUUCUGGUGGACAGAAGAGCUCGCGAACCUUCCCCUGGCCAAUACUACAACUUCAACCUACUCUAGGGAAGCAGUCGAGCGACCGCCACCGAGUCUAAGCGUACUUACAGCGAGUUGGAACGGCAGUGGGACUACAUACAACUUUCUCCAUCUCUUGAAGACCAGUGGGCUGAUUGCAGCAACGAGAGACAUGGAAGAGGCCGUCUUCCCAGUCCUGUAUCGAGCGAAAGUGCUCUUGCGAGAAGUCAUAUUUUGGGACCUCGAACAACCGGAACCUUCGAUCUGUCUGGAGAGCGGGCCCCAGCACCGACCCCUAUUUAUCGACGAGGUUGGCCAAGAUGCACAUUAUCGCCUGGUUUGCAACUGCAUGGCGCAAUUUCUUCGGGCUUUUGGAGGCGCAACUAUCAAAAGUGUCCCACAGGACCCCAAAAGCUGGCUUGCCGUAUUUAUCGCAUUGUGCAUUUUCAGCGUUGUUCGCACGAUACUGGCGGGCCAUGCGUCUUACCUGCCAAGACGCCCAUCAUCCCAGCUGCCACCGACUUGGAGAGGGACAGGAGGUGCGCAUGCAAUGCACGGCCUCUACAAGCUCUUGGUCACGAUCUUUGCGAGUUCCGGACCAAUGCUCCUCGAUGAGCAAGUAUUCGACUUGAAUGACCGGGACAGGGCUGCAAUGGAAUCGCUUCAUGUGGUUGUCCGAAAAGGCAUUUGGACCCAGCAGGGUUUUGCGUCCUCCAAGGACUUUCUGAUGCGCCUGGGAGAUGGUGAUACGGAAGGCACAACCACAUUCAACGGCUUUCUGAGGCAGAGAAUUCCUCCGCGGACCGGCAUGUUCGUCCUACCACCCAUUGUUAAACCUGGGGAAGAACCAAGGCGUCCCAUGUAUGACCCCCGGGCUUUGGGCGAUCCCUGGGUCCCGCACCCGGCCCCACUUCUGGACCGAGACCCUUUCGGUGCGACUGGUGGCCUCGACUACCUUACCUCCCCCCAGGGACUGGACCCGGGUGGAAAGGCUAGUGGAGACUGGCCCCCCAUGACCGUUCUGAAGGACUGGAUGAAAGAAGUGCGGCAAUCUGUCGACAUUCAGGACCAGGACGAUUCCAGUGGAGGGGAGGAGGUUGACUACAAACCACCGCCAGAAUAUUUUACCCAAGCACAGCCACUGCCGCCGGCGCCGGCUCGUUCUCCCACUUUUGGACCAACGAUGCUGGCAGCAGUGCCGCCAAACGCUCCCUUGAUGAUCGCUCCCGCUGAAGCAAUGGUCUCAUCCCAGAUAAGCAGCCCGUCGAGCAAGACACUGGACAAUCGCACACGCUGCCCUCAUCCGGAUUGUGGCCGGGUGUUUAAGGAUCUCGCGGCUCACAUGCUCACCCAUCAAGAAGAACGGCCGGAGAAGUGCCCUAUAGAAACGUGUGAGUACCACACCAAGGGGUUCGCGCGGAAGUACGACAAAAAUAGGCACGCUUUGACACAUUAUAAAGGGACAAUGAUCUGUCCCUUUUGUCCUGGAGUGGGAACGGCGUACGAGAAAGCGUUUAAUCGAGCCGAUGUUUUCAAGCGCCACCUGACGUCGGUCCACAACGUUGAACAGACACCCCCCAACAGCCGGAAGCUCAUUAUCAGUGGGUCCGGCAACGUCCGCGGCGAUGGCGCGAAGUGCUCAAUUUGCCAAAGCUACUUUGGCACGGCUCAAGAGUUCUAUGAGCAUCUGGAUGACUGCGUUCUCAACGUGAUUGUGCCGGCGUCAUCCAAAACACCCAGAGAUACUUCCGUGUUACCCUCAACGUCGGGGCUGGACGAGAGGGACCGACUGGGCGACAGCGAGAAUAUUAACGUCAAAACCGGGUCGCUUGUAGGCGAAAAGAUGGACACUAAUUCAUGA